UCUCUCUUCUCUGCUUUCUAUUAAUUCUUAAAUCUGUUCUUGACCUUCGGUGGCGGUCCUUUUUCUCUGCUCCCCUUGGUCUCCUCUCCUAGUCGCCGGAGAUCCGUGUGAAGGCCGCGUUUUUACGAGGCGAGGAGAAGGGAGAGGGGGGAAUCUGGGAUUCUCAAUUUUUCAUUCUUAUUUAACCCUGAUCACUUCUCAACGACAAAUUACAUAAUCUCAUCGAGGUCGCCUUUGGGAUUUGGACUGACGGAGUGCGAAUUCGGUCUCCGUCCGGUGAAUAAGGUUUUGUUUUUUUUUUAUCUGCGUGCUCCGAUCGGUCGGGUUGACUACAGAGGAACGAAGAGGGGCCAUGUGGAAAAGAAAGGAGGGUGGAUGGUGAAGGAGUAUGGGAGUGAAUGGGCCUCUGGUUAUCAGUGAUGACGAUGUACAUUGCUCGCGAGUCUUCCAAGCUAUGGAGGAAGAUUUACAUGGAAACAUCUGUGGAACUUCAACUUCUUAUGGAGAAGUGGAAACUUCUGCUCGCAGGACUGAUUUUCCAGGUAUGUUGAUGAUACUUCUCCUCAAAACUCAUUAUUUUGUAGAGUUGUGCUUUUUGUAGGGUUAUUCUGGAAUGCUUUUUGAGGACUAAAGAGAAAAGUGGCACACACAACUUCCCGUUCAGAAGUACUUUAGUUGUUUUUGAUCAUGGAAAAACUUUUAGUUUGUAAGUAUAUUCAUGGGCUAUCUGCACGAGGAGUUCAUUAUCUACAUCGACCUGGUCCAACUCUUCAAGAUCUUGGCUUUAUGCUCCUUCCGGAACUUGGGAAAGAACGUGGCUACCUCAGUGAAAGUCUAUUCACCUUCAUCUUUUUGUCUUUUGUAGUGUGGACUUUUCAUCCUUUUGUUUAUCAUAGCAAGCGCUUCUACACUGUCCUGCUCUGGAGAAGAGUUUUAGCUUUUCUCGUUGCUUGUCAAACUUUGAGGAUCAUUACGUUUUAUUCUACUCAACUUCCUGGUCCUAACUAUCAUUGCCGAGAGGGAUCAAAGCUUGCCAGACUCCCCCCACCAGAUACUAUAGCCGAAGUGCUGUUGAUUAACUUUCCUCGCGGAGUCCUUUUUGGUUGUGGUGAUCUCAUAUUUUCAUCCCACAUGAUAUUUACGCUUGUUUUUGUCCUUACCUACCAUAAAUAUGGAUCUAGAAGGUUUAUCAAGUUCAUUGCCUGGGUUAUUGCUAUUAUUCAGAGUUUACUUAUAGUAGCUUCUCGCAAACAUUACACUGUUGAUGUAGUUGUUGCAUGGUACACUGUCAAUUUAGUGGUAUUCUUUAUCGACAAAAAACUACCAGAAAUGCCUGAACGUUCUAGUGCACAACCAUUGCUACCACUAACUGCUAAAGAGAAAGAUGGAAAAUCCAGAGAAGAGAACCACAAACUAUUGAAUGGAAAUUCAGCUGAUGCUGCUGAUCGGAGGCAGAGACUGCAAAUGAAUGGGAAGCAUGGAGAAGAUGCCAACCACAAUCAUUCUGAAUCGUUAGCAAACGGUGCUUAGAUGAUCCCGGACAUCCAAAGGCUUCAGCUGUACACAGGGAAUACAAGCAAUCAACAUGGAAAACACCCUGUACUUAAUCAACUUGAAGCCGACAGGGAAGCCCUAAGCUAUCUCCACACCCCAUAUGACAACUGAGCAUGUUACUUCUUUCACUCCUUGCAUCAAGAAUGUUCAUAUGUAUUAUGUCUCUAUCUUCAACAAUUCUUUAUCCUGCAGUAAAAGAAAAUGUUCUGACUUGCAGUUCAUUUGUUGAAAUCUGAUGUGCUGUCGCCGGUAAUGUUCUUGUUUCA